AUGAAGUGCACUCUUGUUACUUUGUCACUCCUCGCUUCAGCUCAUGGGCUCGCAUUCAAAAAGCCAUAUCAGACCCUUACCAUCAACGUUCCCGCCGGGGGCGCCACAUACACAACCACCAUUCCUCCCUGCGGCACUCUUCCUGGCUACGUUCUGAUCCCGGAGGCCAAUAGCACCUUCCACCCAGGCACGACGACAGUCUUCGUGCCCCCUCAGGCGUCAAAGGCCACCCGAACCUUCGUCGACACCGAGUACGAUGAGACUGCGAUUCUCAUCGUACAACCGCUUCCGGGCUCAUGCGCGCCGAAAGACUUUGGAUACUUCCCAACUACCACCUUCACCGAUCUAUCCCAAUUCACCGCUACCGACCUCUUUCUAAGCCCCACUGCAGCCGCUCUUGCAGCCAUCUGUCCGCUCACAGACGAAAUCGACUACUCCGCCGCCAAGGGCCCCGUGAAAGAUGUCGUCGACGGAAUUAACAAUGCCACGUUGAUCCUGCAGAGUCUGCAGUGGUGGGCGGAGCAGGUCGGCGCCGUCGCGGACAACACAACCACCUCCUCCGCUUCCACCACAUCGUCCACCACUUUCUCCAGCACCCCUUCCACCAUCAAACAAGCACGCAACCCUGGCGCUGGCACGAACCUAGUCCGCCGCCAAGAACCCAUCACAGCCGUCCUCCGGCUCCUCGGUGGGCUGCGUGACGUCGGCACGACGCUCACAGCCCUGCUACCGGACAUCGCGGUGCUGCCGCCAUUCAAGCCCAGCCGCAGCGUCAUUGAAAUCCUCGACGAUGAUGACGAGGACGAAGCCGCAGGAGACGCCGUGGUCGGCGCGCUUCUGUCGUUCGUCACGAUACAUCGGGCGCUGCUGAACACUUUGAUCGGACGCGCGAGGCUGGUUCACGAUAUCCCCGUCGAGAGCGCCGCCGUGGACCAGCUCGCUGCUAUGGCACAGGAAAGCGCGGAUGAGCUCGGGCAUGGGCGGCUACUGCGAGGACGCCAUGUCAAUCCUGUCGGGAUGACGAUUGCGAAGGUGCUGCAGGCGUUGGAGGAUGUGGUUGAUCAGUUGGCGUUUGAGAUCAUCAGGCUGGUGCCGGCCAGGGAAGAGUGUUCCAAGAAGCAGAAGAAGGCGGUUGAUGAGACGUUUGAGGAGGCUAUCGCGGCUUAUGAGGCAUAA